AUGUACCGGGCCCAACAAUAUUGUCGAUCACGCACUCUGUUUAUACAUUACGCCAUUGUUUUGGUGCUGACAAGAUAUUGCUCCGCAUUCUGUUCACUGGAGCCUGUGCUGCGACCUUCGAGAUGGAUUUCCAAUCGAUCCAAGUCCUUGACUCUCCUGAACACUAUAGCAUGGACGCCGAGACCGUCAAAGACAUCGCCACGCCUUUCUAUGGCAGUUGGGAAAACCGGCGGAAAAUUGAUUGAGACGGUUGAGGAGUACACUUCAAUCGUGUUGGAGAUGGAAAGUCAGAAACCCGUCAUGGUGUUUUUCACAGCACCCUGGUGUGGUCCGUGCCGACUGUCCAUCCCGGUCGUCAAAGAUGUAAUGAAGCAAUUUGCGGGACAAAUUGAGGUUGUUGAAGUUUGCACGGAUGAUCUGCCAGAAGUCGCUUCGGAUGCCGGCGUCGUGAGUAUACCCACUAUACAAAUGUAUGCUAAGGAUGAAUUGCUGGACACCAUUGUUGGGUGCGUCGCCAAGAGCGUUCUUGCGGCAUCCGUGGAAAAGGUCUUGGAAGAAACAUUGUCCAGGUACGGUGCUAGCGACUCGGCGGUCGAACAAUAG